AUUGGUUGACAUAGCAAUGCCCUCCUCAGGAUACAGUGUCAGAUAUUUAAGGUUGGAGAGUGGCCUGAACAAGGCCUUAGCCUACAUUGUGCCACUUCAAAGGAAGCUUGUGGACAUUGAGGAGUGUAAACCAAACGAUUUGGAUACUGUGCUGGAGAAGUGCAAAUCCUGCAAUCAGGAUUUCCCCCUCUAUAAACUUGAGAAUCACUUCAAUGAAUGUGAGAGGUCAUACAUUGACUUAACCAAAGAUGAUGAGAAAGAAACUGAAGAUGAAAUCGAGACCGAGGAGGUAGCAGAGGAGACGAGUGGAGAAGAAAGUGAAGAUUUUACACUUCAAGCUGCACUAGAAGAGUCUCUCUUGACUCAACCCCAUCAUUUUCCUGAGCCAGCAACUGAGGAACAGGCCACUUCAGAGUCUAAUGGAAAACACAUUGCAAAUGUUCUCACUGCUCUGGAGAAGGCAAUUGAUUACUGUGAUGGAAGUCCUGCAUCCUACAUUAGUGUUUGCAGAUCUCAUAUUUGGAUGGGUGCCAGAUUGGCCCUCAGCCGGAAGACUUUUCAUCCUCAUUGGCGCAUCAAUGUUAAAUUCAUGGAUGAUGUUGGAGUAGCAGAAGGAGCUGUUGACACAGGAGGACCAAAGCGGGAGUUUUUCACACUUGUUUUGGAUUACCUGCAUGGUAGUGGCCUUUUCGUGGGGCCAGAAAGCAGCAAAUUAUUGACUUUCUCCAGUUCCGCUAUGGAAAAAGAUGACUACUUCUACGCUGGAAUGAUGAUAGCAAUGUCUCUUGUGCAUGGAGGACCUGCGCCCCGGUUCUUCUCCAGAACUCUAUUCCAUGCAAUCACAGGAUCACCCGAAAAGACAACAGUGACCAUUGAUGAAGUUCCAGAUUUGAAACUGAAAGAAAACCUUCAGCGAGUUUUGUCUGGUGAAGUUCCUGAGGACCUUGAAGACAUCAUAGAUAUGGCAGGGUCCCGAUGUAUUAUGGCAACACCUGAAAAUGCUCAACAGAUGGCUCUGGACACUGCGCACUGGUACAUCUUUGGCAGAACACGGUCAGCAUUUGAGAGGUUCAAAGACGGCCUGAAGACCCUGGGUGUUUACUCUGCAAUGUUGGAAAACAAGGAGUCCUUCUUGCAUGUCAUGUGUCAUCAGGACAACCCAAUCACAGCAGAACAGAUCAAAGAAGCAUUCAAACCAGUGCUAAACUCCCCUGGUUCUAACAAACGUUCCACUGAGAACUUGAUCCUCUGUCUGUGGGAGAACUUCAUCUUUGAAGCAGAAGAUGAGGAUUCCGAUGUGUCGCUGGAGAAGAUCCUGUUUUUUUCCACUGGCCUGAAAUCCUUCCCUCCACUUGAUCUGAGGCCCAGUCCAACUCUUUGCUUUCUUCAUGAUGCUGAGGACAGUGGGAAGCUGUCCAGCUACCCAAAAGCAAACACAUGCACAAACCAGCUGUACCUUCCCACAGUUCACAAAACAUAUCAUGAAUUCAAAAACCACAUGGUUUUUGGUAUUUGUGCAAGUGCAGGGUUCGGACUACCAUAGUGGUGUUGGGCUGUUGCUCCAUUGUUCUGGGUUUUAGUGAUGCUGAAUUUAAAAGUUCAUGUCAUAUGUUUGUGCACUGUUAGCAUCUGUAUUUUGACAGCCUACCCUUAAAAGUAACUGUUUGGCUCCAGUAGAGAAAGUAUCUCCUGCCCACUACUUAAGCACUUUUUUGUUACUAAUGCAGAGCAGA